AUGGGAUUUGUUCUUCAGCGGAAUGUGAUGGCCUCAGGUGUAGUUCCUCAGAUCUCUCUCAUCAUGGGCCCGUGUGCAGGUGGUGCCGUGUACUCGCCUGCUCUGACAGACUUCACUUUUAUGGUGAAGGACACCUCCUAUCUGUUUAUCACAGGCCCAGAUGUGGUAAAGUCUGUAACAAAUGAGGAUGUUACCCAGGAGGAGCUGGGUGGAGCAAAAACCCAUACCACUGUGUCCGGUGUUGCUCAUCGGGCCUUUGAGAAUGACAUUGAUGCCCUUCUGAACUUGCGAGACUUUUUUAACUUUCUCCCACUGAGCAACAAAGAUCCAGCUCCAGUCACUGAGUGCCAUGAUCCUCGUGACCGGCUGGUUCCUGGUUUGGACACUAUUGUUCCUUUUGAAAGCACAAAAGCCUAUGACAUGCUGGACAUUGUUCAUGGUAUAGUAGAUGAGAGAGAAUUCUUUGAGAUUAUGCCCAACUACGCCAAAAAUAUUGUGGUGGGAUUUGCCAGGAUGAAUGGUCGGACAGUAGGCAUAGUGGGAAACCAGCCUAAAGUGGCAUCUGGCUGUUUGGACAUAAAUUCAUCUGUUAAAGGGGCUCGCUUUGUUCGUUUCUGUGACGCCUUCAACAUUCCCAUCAUCACAUUUGUGGAUGUGCCUGGAUUCCUGCCAGGCACAGCUCAGGAGUACGGAGGCAUCAUCAGACAUGGAGCCAAACUGCUCUAUGCUUUUGCAGAGGCCACCGUUCCAAAAAUUACUGUCAUCACCAGGAAGGCUUACGGAGGUGCUUAUGAUGUGAUGAGUUCUAAACAUCUGAGAGGAGACGUCAAUUAUGCCUGGCCAAGUGCUGAGGUCGCAGUGAUGGGUGCAAAGGGUGCUGUUCAAAUCAUCUUCAGAGGAAAGGAGAAUCAAGCCGAGGCUGAAGCUGAAUAUGUGGAGAAGUUUGCCAAUCCCUUCCCUGCUGCUGUCAGAGGCUUUGUGGAUGACAUCGUUCAGCCCUCGACCACACGCAAGAGGAUCUGUAGAGACCUUGAGGUGCUCGCCAGCAAGAAACAGACCAACCCCUGGAAAAAACAUGCCAACAUUCCCUUAUAAAUCUCAUCUCAACACUAAUUUUAUAGCAUUUUAUGACAAUAUCUGUGGUUAGACUGGAGAGAAUGGCAUGUUUUUCCACAUGGUUUGUUGUGCCUUAUUCCCACUCAUAUGCAUUACGCCACUAUUUCAACAUUCUCAAAUCAAUAAAACACUCCCAUGGUUCAUGA